CAUGCAUCGUAUGAUACCGUCGCUCUCCUAAGGUCUCCUGCUGCCAGCACAAGAGGCUGUGAAGGUGAAGAGGAUACAGAUUUGAGAUUAGUAUUACAGAAGUAGAAUGGCAAGAACUUGAGGACCAAUUGCGUAUGGGAAAUGUUGAAGCAAAAGCUGUGAAUAAUGACUCAAGUUUCUGGCCCCAGGGGUCUGGAUUGCAGUGCUGUUCAAGAGUGCCGAAGAAAUGGCUCUCACACCCACAAAUCUAAAUAAGGAGAUGUCUCUGCAGAUGAAGAUGGACUGCCAGGAACAAGAGUUGACUGAGAAAAACAACGGCUUUUUCCAAAAGCUCAAUGUGACUAAAGGUGUAAUGCAGGAAUGGAGGAGUAAUCUGCUAAAGGAAAUUAUCAAAGUGGACCACAUCUUAUACCAAUCAGAUGAUGAGGAUGGCAUUUCCUCCGAAAACCCUCAAACUGACUUCCUUCACAAGGGUAUGUUGGAGCUGGAGGCUAAGCAUGACCAGGACCUGAGUAAACAGGAUGAGCAAGAAACAGAUGUGGAUGAGUACCCUCAAGCAUCUACAUCUCUGCAGAUUUCAAAGAAGAACAUCCUUGAAUUGUGCCUGAAGGGCAUGUUCCUCAAGCUAAACUGCUGGAAUGCAAAGAUAAGUCUCCAGGUGAAAGAACUUAGAGUUGAUUACAUAGACAGAAUGGACAAAAUUGACAAUAUUAUUUUAAAAAUGUAACAGAAAACAGUGAAGAGCUUAUUAAAAGACAUGCUGACCCUGAAGGGUCAAAUUGAAAAGCUGGAGGACCGGGGCCUUGACCUUGAUCAAGGGACAAACACUGAGCUGUAUUACAAAAAUGUAGAUUUCAGUAGCAGGAAAUGUGCACUGAGGAUUUUCAUCAUGUUUUAUGUCCUCACCGUCACUGGACUUUUAUGUUACAUACUAUUUUUUGGUGCUACAUUUCUCUUUGAAAGGGUGCUUCUGAGAAUGCUUGGGUGCCGCACCACAUGGGACCUACGGGAGAUGAUAGAGCCUUUCUUGAAUUCGGAAGUGGAAGCCUUGUUACCCUCCUAA